UUAACAUGACUAUAAAUAAACGUUGCAAUGGCAAUAUAAUAUUAGUCGAUUGCAGUCGGUGACAAUUACAUCAGUAAAAUGUUGACAUCAGUUUUCACUCUCAUGCUUGCGCUAACAGCAACGCAAGCGAUCAAAGUCGAAUUAUCUGAAGAAAAAACUCCGUACGAUUAUGUGAAAGAACGUUUGGAUGCUAUAGGAACUGAUCCAAAAUUUGGUAUACCAUUAUCGAGCUCAUACGAAGUAGAAGAAAGUGAAGAUUAUCCUGAAGAAAUUAAAGGAGCAGCUUCGAAUGUUUUAAAUACAGUAACUGGAGUUGGUGGUAUAGGAUUAGGCCAAGGAUUAGGUUUUAAUGGAAUAAACGGGCUUGGUGGAAUCGGAAUUGGUCAAGGCUUAGGUACCGGCUUAGGUAUUGGACUUGGUGGCUUAGGCGUGGGUGCAGGUGCCGGCUUAGGUGGAAUCCAAGGAAAUGUACUUGGAGGGAUUGGUGCUGGUGGAGUUGGACUAGGUAACGGUAUAGGACUUAUCAACCCAGGCUUGGGUGGCAUUGGAGUCGGUGGAAUUGGUCUAGGAAACGGACUUCUAUAUCAUCCUUUAUUAGGAAGCCAAGUUGGAGGUGGAUAUGUUGAUAAAAAUGCGUAUGAUGCUGCUCAAAAAAAAGGAGCUGAUGAAAAUAUUGAGAAAAUUGAAAAAAAAGCUGGAGAAGAAGCUAAGCAUGGUCAAGAAGGAUUCCAACAAGCUGCUGCUGCCGCUAAAGCUGAAAAGGGGGAGUCAAGUUUUUAUAAAGAUGAGGAGGCGAAAAAGAAGGCAGCUGGAGAUGAGAAAUUUUACCAAGGUGGCCAAAAGGUUGAUAAGCAGGGUGCUAAUGAAGAGCAAUUGAAAAAAGCAAAAAGUCACAAAAAAGGUCACGUAAACAAAGGAUUUAAGUCAUCAAGCAGCAAAAACGAAGAAGAGAAAUCUGAAAGUUUCUAUGACGAAGCCCAUGACGAGUCCGAUCAUAAGGUGUCUGGACACAACGCUGGAUCAUUUGGGGAGAAUUCGCAGCAAGGAUUCAAAGGAGCGCACGAGGAAAAGGUUUUGGAUGCAAACUCACAAGGAAAAGAGGGACAUCACGUGUCUGAACAAAAGGUUGACGACGCCAAAGCAAAUAAGGGUGAAUUUUUGCAAAAGGGCUUCAAAGAGGGCACGGAGUCGUUGGAAAAAUUCAACAAUCUGGGCGCUCAAGCCGUUCACGGACACCAAGAAGCUAGCGGGGGUUACCAACAGAAUAAAGGAAUUCUACCGAUCCAUUAA